UAAGCAAUUAUGAUGUUUGAACAAAACUUUGAGGUACUGAGGUUUGCCACACUACGUUCCGCUUCAAGAAAAAGAAUUCAGAAAUAUUGUGCAAUAUUUUUUAUAAUGAAAAGAAUAAAAUCUUCUUCGAGGAAGUAGAAAUUUACUUUAUUUAUAUAAUUAAUAUUAUAAGCGGUAGGUACUAAAAAUCUUAUACGCUUGUGUGCUUACAACUAGGCACAUCUUCAGUAAAAACACAUAAUAAAUUUGACCUUGUCAGAACAUUAUCUACAAUUUUCAAACGAUUAGCAUUAAUAUAAUAUCGGCUAAAUGACAUUGCCUGAGGCAGAGAAUGAACGGCCGAUACCACCUUGUUAUUUCCGCAUAAAUUACUAACCAGCGAAAAAGAAUAUCUAAGUGAAGCCCUAUUACUCAGAAAUGAGUGGUGAAGUUUGAUUAUUAAGUAAUUAUGUAAACCUCAAAAGACCUCUCGGUACGAUGUGAGUUAGUCGGGUUUCAAAAUGUUAAAGAAAUUGAAAGAUAUUUAUAAUAAAUCUACGUACGAUUAUUCUGAGGGAUAUGUCGACCCAUUUGAAUAUCAUAAAACUUUCUACUUUUGGCUUAAAAUUUUCGGAGUUGUGGAAGGAAAUAAUAUUAAACAUGGUUAUUUAAAACAUAAUGCGUUAGUAUUUACGACUGGCUUUGCGUGUGUGAUAUUUGCGAUCAUAUCGUUUUGCCGGGGACUUUACUUUUUUGAAAUACCGAUGAUAACUGAAGGAGGAACCUACGUCAUAGUCUUGAUGUAUCAAUUACUUAUAUUGUCAUGCACUGAGACGAAUUUGCCGCAAUUUAAAAGCCUUCUUACAUCGAUGCAAGAAGAUUUUCAGUAUAUUUGUACCGCUGGACAGAAAUACAGAAAAAGAUAUUUUGACAUCCAAUUACAGACAUGGAAAGCCAGCUUAUUUUCCAUCGUUUUUACAUAUGCUUUGGCUUUUGGAAUGGUGUCAUUUGCGUCAGUAGCGCUCGUUUAUUAUCUCAUAACCCAUGGACCUGAAGACAAGGGUAGCAGACCAUUGCUAUUCCCGUUCUGGCUUCCCCAUGUCGAUUUUGGGAAAACACCUAUUUAUGAAAUAACUUUCAUGUUUUCAAACAUCAGUGCCGUUGUCUACGCUCAUAAUUAUAUAUUUAUGAUUCAAACACAAAUAGUCUGGAUACGACACAUCGCAAGUAAAGUUGACAUCGUGAUAUGGAGCAUCCAAGAUGUUUUGGAAGGAAUCCGCCCAGCCAAAAACCAAGAAGAAAAAAUGUAUUACGCAAUGAUAAUUAAGGGUCGCAUGAGGGAGAUCAUCAAACAUCAUCAAUCAAUGUAUAGUCUUAUGGAGAAUUAUUCAGAAGUUUAUAAAAAAAUGUUAAUAUUUGAACAAACAUUUUGCGGACCCGUCGUGUGUCUUACUGCGUAUUGCACGGCCGAGAAAUUAGACGAAGGUGAAGUCAAUAUGAUUCUGAUUUUGCUAAGCAUUGGGACGGUGGUGUUGUAUUUCAUACCAAGUCAGUUAUGUACUUUUCUAAGAAUAAAGGUCUCGUCAGUGUGUAAUGCUUGCUGGGGCAUUGACUUUUGGAACGGUGGGGUUGUCUUAAAAUCUUACUUAGUUUUGAUAAUGCAAAGAUCACUUCGACCGCUUCCUCUCCAAGUGCCUGGCUUUCAAGAAAUGUCUAUUCAAACAUUUUCUAGCAAAAUGACUUCAGCCUAUUCCUGUUUUAAUAUGCUUCGACAGGCCAAUCGUAAAUAAAACGAAAAUUGUAGUGAUGAAAAUGAAUAUACAUGCUUUUUAAAUCAACUAAUAUCUAAUAUUAUAAUAGUAGACACAACUAUAUUAUAAUAAUGAAAUGAUUACGUCAAUAUACAUAUUUAAUCACACGUUAAUAAUUAUCAUAACAUGACGAACGUCACAAUCAAAUAGUACUUGAAUAAUGUGUCUUGUUAAAAGUUUGGGAAAUGUAAUUAUUGGUACAGAUUCGUUCUAUCGUCAUAAGGUAAAUUUUACUUUAGCAAAUUAUAAAUACUUUAUCAUCGAAAAAUUUAUAUAAAAACCUAUAGUUAAAAAGGACAAAGCAAAUCUAAUUAAUGCUACUUAAAAUAAAAUAUUCCUGCUUACUCUUCAUUAAAGUUGUUUCAUUUAUCUGUCUGCUUAUCCUAACACCAAAGAGAUCUAGGGAUUGAACCGAUUUUGUAUAGGCAAUUUUGUUUUUUGCAGAACUAGCUUAUAAGAC